AUUUGGUGACCGUGAAAGUGAAACUGGCGCUCUUCAUCUUCUUGUACAGAUCAGUUUAUACGUCCACUUGUAUAUCAAAAUGAAUCCAAUAUCCUCAACUCGGAAAGAGGGUGUCGCAAAGAACUUGGCUCGAGCUACAAGUUUGCCAGCAGAGUUAAAUCGGUACUCUAAAAAUUGUAAACUACUUUGUAAUAUACUGCGUGAUACCAAAAUUAUAAUCAACGAGAUCAACACAGCCGACUAUUUGACACAAGAUGAGCUUCCUAGUCUUCAAGUAAAUCCCGAUAAGUUACAUGUUAUAAAUGAACUAGUUGACAAAUCAGUUGCUCUGGUGGUACUUGGUUAUUCAAAUAUUGCCAGAGCAGUUUUAACAAAUGAAUUAAUUGGUGGCAAACCUUUAUUUCCUGUGAUAGAAAAUAGUGUAGAUCACACAAAUCAAGAAUGUACACAACAGUCUCAUUGGAAAGGUGUCAAGAUUAGACAUACUACUUUUUGUCUUGUGGGACUCAGUACCACAUUAGCCCCAACACUGUUACCCUUCUCACAAUCUAUAAUAUCACAUGACAACUUGGUUAUUGAUUGUAAUUCUCCACAAGCCAAGGAUAUAUACUGUGAUCACAGCAUGAUGGAUGUUAACAUAAAACAUUUUCUUUUCCGUGAUGGUACACAAGUGUGGGUUGCACCAUCUUUUCACUCUGCUGAAAAUAGAUUUAAUGGAAACUGGUGUUCCUUCAGCCCUAGUGACUUUCUAUCAUUAGUAAAGCAGUGUACUACACCUGUAUUUUUAUAUGCUGUGCAUGGGAUGCAACUAAGUCCAGAAGAAAAAUCACAACUAAAAUUAUUCAAGCAACUUCUCCCUUCUUCCACUGUAAUACACUUUGUUUUGAACGCGGCUACUGUUCCGAAGCAACAAAAUCCCGUGAGUUCCAUUGUGUUGGCGAGACCCAGUAUCGGUAGUGGAGGCCGACAUAGAAGACAUACAAGUAUUCAUCCCGACAGAGAAGUGGGAUCUCCAGAGAAUUUUUCAGGAACUGGAGCUUAUACAAAAGAAAAUCCCUCUCCCGAUCACAUUAUAUUUGCCUAUGAGCCUAUCAGCGAAACGGGAUUUUCAACAAGAGAGUGUGUAGGCUUUAUUGAUGGCGGAAUUCAAAGUACUGUCGAUGAACUAAGCUGUGGGGUCAUCUCCUGCCUCCCGUUUGUAAGGAGCGUGUUGCAAAAUCAGCUUCUACAGUCGGCCAAAAUACUUAACGAGUGUCAUAACCAAAUGCUCAGUAAUUUCAUCUUAUCGGCGUUUGAUUGGGCUCGUCAAGUCCAAGUAACUCCGCUACGGCUGGAAUAUGUCAAGCAGAAAGAGUAUGAGCUUUUUAAUAGACUGCUAGCUUUUGCUAACAAAAAACAAGAGGAAAUACGCGUGCUCAUCUCUCAGACUAUGGUCGAAAUGAGGGAAGAACUCAUACGUGCAGCAGUCGAUUACGACAUAUUCCAAGAAGAUAACUCAAGCGUCGACCAGUAUCAGCUUCGGCACUCUACCGAAGAAAUCCAAAAUCUUGUUUUAGCCCUUUUGAAUAAGACCAUCGCUGAGAAACUCACAUGCUCGAUUUUGAGUUUAAGAGAGACUUACCUCGGCACACUUCAACGAUGUCUAAGUUCACUGGAAAAGGCUCAUCAGCACGAAACUCAUGACACCGAUCAAUUGGCAGCACAAGAUCACUAUUCGGACACACAAAAAGCAAGCGAAUCCUUAAAACAGAUUGUCAAUGCAGCGUACCAGGUUCAAUUGAACGUGAAAUCAUCCGCCUCUUUUGUACACUCCAUGUGGGAGCGUCUCCACCAGUUCUUGCGCUCUCUCACUCUACCAAAGGCAGGCACCUUGUCCACCACAAGCUCAGGAUCCGGAUCGUGGAGUAUAUCUUCAGAUCAAAGUCCCAUGACUCCUACAGAGUGGAAAACUCAAGUCGCCGUCGAUCUUCUAGAUUCACUUAGUGAUAAUCGACUGGCUCGUGUCAUUUGCUCCCAGUUCCGAGAUCGACUGCGGCAAGCGCAUGUUGCGUUUUUGGACUCUCUGCGAGAAUUAGAAUCGGUUCACACAGGCCGACUUGAGAAGAAUGAAGAAUUGUUUUUACGAUUGCGAAAAAUCCUUGUUCCCCGUGUGGCCAGGUUGGCGUUAGAAUCUACAUCACUCAAAGACAUGAUACUAUACGGCAUGCCGCAACUCGGUCGAGAACUUGGCCGUGGCCAAUACGGUGUUGUGUAUUCCUGUGAUAGUUGGGGACCAGUCGCUGAAAAAGGAGUCAGGUGCGCUGUCAAAUCUGUUGUUCCACCUGACGACAAGCACUGGAAUGAUCUCGCAAUGGAAUUCCACUACUCUCGUAUGGUGCCGCCUAACGAUCGCAUCGUCAGUUUGGUCGGAUCUGUUAUUGACCAUUCUUACGGAGGCGGAGCAUCACCAGCUGUUCUGCUUGUAAUGGAAAGAAUGAACAGAGACCUCCACACCGCAUUGAAAAUGAGUUUGACUUGGCCCAAGCGACUUCGUGUUUCCAUUGAUGUCGUAGAGGGAAUUCGCUUUCUUCAUUCUCAGGGAUUAGUUCACCGCGAUAUCAAACUAAAGAACGUUUUACUGGACCAAGAGGAUCGUGCCAAAAUUACUGAUCUAGGUUUUUGCAAACCUGAAGCGAUGAUGUCAGGAUCGAUUGUUGGAACACCUAUUCACAUGGCCCCUGAGUUGUUUACUGGGCAAUACGAUUCCAGUGUUGAUGUUUACGCUUUUGGCAUCUUAUUCUGGUACAUUUGUGCUGGUCACACCAAACUUCCGUACGCGUUUGAACAAUGUCAAAAUAAAGACCAGUUAUGGCAGUGUGUCCGUAGAGGCACUCGUCCGGAAAGGUUGCCUUGUUUUGAUGACGCAUGCUGGACAUUAAUGGAAGACUGUUGGGCAAAAGAACCGAAUCAACGACCCCUUUUAGGCUUUGUGUACUCCAGACUUGAAGCUAUUUUCUUGUCACAUUGCCAUGGAAGAAUUGUUGAUACAGGAAGCAUUGUGAUACAAAGGGAACACCCCCCUGAUAGUCUCUCUUCAAGUCCCUAUAUACAGAUAGAUUUAGAGCCAUGUUAAUGACUUAACAUUCAUUAAUCACAAUAAGAGACUUGAUGGCUGUUCAAACAGUCAUCAUUAUAUUCUCUGUAAUAAGCUGAUAUUCUGUGAAUCAAAGUAUUAUUUGAAACAAUACAAGUUGUAUCUCUUUAUUUUAA